CGGUCCAAUGAGCUUCCAGAUCACUGGCGCGGUGGGCGGGGCCAAACCAAGCGCAAACAUGGCGGCGUCCUUAGAUGAUGAUUUUGAGUCUGACAACCAGGACUACUACUCUCUGCUCAACGUCCGGAGGGAGGCCCAGCAGGAGGAGCUGAAGGCCUCCUACAGGAGGCUCUGCAUGCUCUACCACCCCGACAAGCACCGCGACCCCGAGCUCAAGAGACGCGCCGAGCAGCUGUUCACACAGGUGCACCAGGCCUACCAAGUGCUCAGCGACGCUCACUCCAGAUCCAUCUAUGACAUCUUUGGGAAGAAAGGCCUGGAGCUGGAGGGCUGGGAGGUGGUGGAGAGGAAGAGGACGGCGGCCGAGAUCCGAGACGAAUACGAGAGACUGAGGAGAGAGAAGGAGGAGAGGAGGCUGCAGCAGAGGACCAACCCCAAGGGCACCAUCAGCGUGGGCGUGGACGCCACCGACCUGUUCGACCGCUACGACGAGGACUUUGAGGAGGUGGCAGGAGGAGGAGGAGGGUUCCCUCACCUGGAGAUCAACAAGAUGCACAUCUCCCAAUCCAUCGAGGCUCCUCUGACCCGCUCAGACACGGCGGUUCUGUCCGGUUCUCUCUCCACACACAACGGGACCGGAGGAGGGAACGUCAACGUGACCGUGAGGAGGGCCACCUCCUCCCAGGGCUGGGGAGAGGUGGAGUUGGGUGCCGGAGACGUUCUUGGACCUCUCAUUGGCUUGAAGGUGUUUCGCAACCUGACCCCGCGGUGCUUCCUGACGGCCCAGUGCGGGCUGCAGUUCUCUCCUGGCGGCGUGCGGCCCGGCGGUUCUGUGAUGGCGGCCCGCCACCUGGACCAGAACACCAUGGGCUACCUGCAGUGGCGCCGCGGGCCGGUCGGCGCCGUGACCUCCAGCCUGGUGCGCGACACCAAGAGCAGCCGCCUCACGCUGGCCCUGCAGCUCGGCCUGGCCCACUCCUACCUGAUGAUGAGCUACCAGUACAAGUUCCAGGACCAGGACCAGACCAAAGUGAAGGGCUCCGUGAAGACCGGCUGGUUCGGCACCGUCGUGGAGUACGGCGCCGAAAGGAAGAUCAGCCGGCACAGCGUCCUGUCGGCCACCGUCAGCGUGGGCGUCCCUCAGGGCGUCACGCUGAAGAUCAGGUUGGUGCGGGCCAAUCAGACGUUCCUGUUCCCGCUCCACCUGACCGACCGCCUGCUGCCCGGCGCCGUGUUCUACGCCACGGCCGGCCCCCUGCUGGCCGUCCUGCUGCUGCAGCGACUGGUCAUCGGCCCGUACACACGGGCCCAGGAGGAGCGAGAGCUGGAGCUGCACAGGAAGAGCUCGGCCACGGACAUCGCCAAGAAGAAGCACGAGGCCGAGUCCGCUGUUCUGCUGAUGCAGGAGUCGGUGAGGAGAGUCAUCGAAGGAGAGGAAUCCAAGAUGGGCCUCCUCCUCCUGAACGCCUGGUACGGGAAGUUUGUGUCCGACACCAGCCAGAAACAGGAGAGGGCAAAGGUCAUCGACGUCACCGUGCCGCUGCAGUGCCUGGUGAAGGACUCCAAACUCAUCCUCACCGAGGCCUCCAAGGCCAGGCUGCCGGGCUUCUACGACCCGUGUGUCGGGGAGCAGAAGAGCCUGAAGCUGCGGUACCGGUUCCGGGGCACGGUGCAUGAGGUCAUCGUUGCCGACGGCGACUCGCUACGGAUACCCAAACAAUCUCACAGGAUUGAGCCGGAGUCCUAGGAGCCCAGAGCCCAGACCCCCAAGGAGCCCAGACCCCCAAGGAGCCCAGACCCCCAGGAGCCCAGACCCCCAAGGAGCCCAGACCCCCAAGAGCCCAGACCCCCAGGAGCCCAGACCCCCAGGAGCCCAGACCCCCUCUGUGUUGAUGGACUACCUGCUCCUCCCUCUCCUGGACCCCUCAGAGACGCUGAUGACUCCUUCAUGUCUCACUGGACUCUGGGCUCCACUAUGCAGGAGCUCAGAGACCCAGAACCCACCAGAACCUCCUCGUGCAUUCUGCUGGACGUUCUCCUCCCUCCUGCCUCCGCUGUGUCGUCAUCUUCCUCAUGAGGUCAAACAGGAAGGUAACAACGUGAACGUUGAGCUGACGGAGAACUCUUCUUAAUGUUCUGCGUCCUCUGGAUGACUCGUCUGUUUAAGCCCCGCCUCCUCUACAUGGACCCUAACCUCGUCUCCUAGGUUAUAAUCCAUCUGGAGCUCUUUGUAUAUAUGAAAUGAUAUUAACUAAACUUUCCUGAGGUAUUUAUCAUAAGGUGUUAUCUUCAGUGUUGGAUGUGUUCGAGUGAAGCUUCGUUCCUCUAAUAAACGUCACGUGGA